ACACCUGGCGCUUGGGCCGCAGGCUACGAGACAUGUCCCACGGUGAAGCCAGGCAUGCUCAACGUGCACCUGUUGCCUCAUACACAUGAUGAUGUGGGCUGGCUGAAGACAGUGGACCAGUACUAUUAUGGCAGCCUAAAUGAUAUUCAGCAUGCGUCUGUUCAGUAUAUCCUAGACUCGGUAAUCCCCUCUCUACUCGAGGAUCCCACCCGACGCUUCAUCUACGUGGAGAUGGCUUUCUUUUCCCGUUGGUGGAAGCAGCAGACAAAUGCAAAACGGGAUAUCGUACGGAAUCUGGUGCGCCAGGGGCGUCUGGAGUUUGUCAACGGUGGCUGGGUGAUGAAUGAUGAGGGAGCCACCCACUAUGGUGCUAUUGUGGACCAGAUGACACUUGGGCUACGCUUCCUGCAAGACACGUUCGGUAGCAAUGGCCGUCCACGUGUAACCUGGCAUAUUUGCUUCUUGGGCUCCGUCUUUCAUAAAGAUGGGCACAUGCAGCUAACCGUGGUGACCGACCGCUCCCAGGGGGGCAGCAGUCUGAAGGAUGGCUCACUGGAGCUCAUGGUGCACAGAAGGCUUUUGGUAGAUGAUGAGCGCGGACUUGUGCAGCCCCUCAUGGACUCAGGGACGGGGAAGAUUGUGAGAGGGCGCCACCUUGUGCUUUUGAGUUCUGUUAGUGAUGCAGCUGAAAGGCACCGACUGCUGGUGGAGAAAGAGGUCCUGGCCCCUCAGGUGGUGCUGGCUCAGGGUGAUGGCAUUCCCUAUUACUCCCAGGCAGCGCCAAGGAUGCAGAGGCGUGAUCAUCGACCCACUUGGAGAUUAAAUCAGACUGAACCGGUGGCUGGAAAUUACUAUCCUGUCAACACUCGAAUCUACAUCUUGGAUGGGCACAUGCAGCUGACCGUGGUGACCGACCGCUCCCAGGGGGGCAGCAGUCUGAAGGAUGGCUCACUGGAGCUCAUGGUGCACAGAAAGCUUUUGGUAGAUGAUGACCGCGGACUUGCAGAGCCCCUCAUGGACUCAGGGACCGGGAAAAUCGUGAGAGGGCGCCACCUUGUGCUUUUGAGUUCUGUUAGUGAUGCAGCUGAAAGGCACCGACUGCUGGUGGAGAAAGAGGUCCUGGCCCCUCAGGUGGUGCUGGCUCAGGGUGAUGGCAUUCCCUAUUACUCCCAGGCAGCGCCAAGGAUGCAGUUCUCUGGACUUCGCCAGGACCUACCUCCCCAGGUACAUCUGCUUACACUGGCCCGCUGGGGGCCAAAGAUGGUGCUGCUGCGCUUGGAGCACCAGUUCGCUGUGACAGAAGAUUCACGCGGCAACCUGAGCUCCCCUGUAACCUUGAACUUGCAGAACCUGUUCCAGGCCUUCAUUAUCACCCACCUGAUGGAGACCACAUUGGCAGCCAACCAGCCCCUGUCCAGGGCUUCCAGGCUGAAGUGGAUAACAAAUACUGGUCCCACCUCCUACCCUGCUCCCUCCAAGUUGGAUCCUACCUCAGUCACACUGCAGCCUAUGGAAAUACGUACCUUCGUGGCCAGGGUUCAAUGGCAAGAAUUCAGCUAGGCCUGCCAAAAGGAGGGGCAGACCUCUCCCCUUCUCUUGCUGUGACCACUCACAAACACCAUUAAAAGGCUUCUACUAAGA